GUUUCCGCCAGCCCGUGCUGCUGAGUAGAGGCAGCCCGGCAUAAAUAAAACUGCGCAGGACGCGGUUCCAGAAGGUAGAGGCAGCCCGGACGAAGAAUAACACCUCGCAUCAUGGCGGCCCAGAUGGACCGCGUCCCACUGGGCAGCGCGAGCAUCAAGCUCACGACCAUCCACCUCUCGCCGAAGAUCGGCGGGAAGGGCGAGGCCAUCCCGGUCAAGGCCCACUGUUUAUUGUUAAUCGUGCCGGGCCUGGCGUGUCUCGGCGUCUUGGCGGCGGGCGGCAACCUCGCUCGCUUCCUGUUGGUGCUCUGCGUCUACGGGCCCUUCCUCUGGAUCACGGUGACGGUCCACGAAUUGGGCCACGCGUGGGCCGCCAGUCGAUGCGGCGCGGCCCCGCAAGAACUACUCCUCUGGCCGCUCGGCGGUUUAUUAAGCGUAGCAGUCGACGGCCAGACGCCUCGAGAAAGGUUCUUAAUAGCGGUGAGCGGCCCGCUGACCCAUAUCCCGAUGACAUUACUCUGGGUAUUCCUCGCGUGGGCCUUCUCCGGCUUCCAUGAUGAAGGUGAAUUAGCAGAAGGCUGGUAUCAAAGGAAAGUAGCGGAGAAGUACGGCUGGGACUGGUUCGAAGAGUUAGCGUUGACGAUGUACCAUAUGAACAUAUUGAUGGCCCUCUUCAAUUCCAUAGUGCCGUGCUGGCCGCUCGAUGGGGCGGUCAUGGCCGUCUCGAUCGGAUUGAUGUGCGGCAAACCUCAAGACAAGGUCGCGGCGUACUGCAUCUACGCGUCUGCCUUCUUCGGUCUCGUCAUUUUCGGCUACGGGCUCUACGAGCUCAUCACGGGCCGAGGCGGCGCGAUGUGGGUCUUCAUGGGCGCGUGGAUCGCCCAGCAGACCUACCUCCUCUUUAAGGAGCGGAAGGAGGGGCGCAUCGACGCGCACCCACUCUUCGCCACGCCCGCACCACGGGCAGCUCGGCCGACGGCCGGAGUGUAAUCAUCUGUAGUA